UCUGACACCGAAGACGCGUUUGGAGGAGAGAGGGAAAGUUUUGACAUUGACAUUGUUGGCUGAUCUGCUGAGGACACACAGAGAGCAGUCCAAUACUUUAGUCAGUAUGAAUGGUCCCUUCAGUCCCAGGCGGGAACCAGGACCUGACCUCUCUUGUCUGCACCAGUACAACGAGUGGCUGGCGUGUAGGCAUGAGUCCAGUCUGCUGCCCAUGAAAGAAGAUCUGGCCAUCUGGCUUAACAGAAUCCUUGGUUUGGAUAUAACAGUGGAUAACUUCAUGGACAGACUAGACACUGGUGUUGUCCUGUGUCAGCUUGCAGAGGCGCUACAAGAGAAGAUGAUUCUGGCCAGCAAUGGAAAGCCCUUUAUUCGGCGUGUGAUUCGCUGGCGGUCUGAUGCAGCCUCUGGAUCAUUCUUUGCUCGAGACAAUACAGCGAAUUUUCUGUACUGGUGCCGUAAAAUUGGAGUGGAGCAAUCACACCUGUUUGAAUCUGAAGAUCUUGUUCUUCAGAAGCAACCCAGGGAUGUGUGCUUCUGUCUCAUGCAACUUGGGAGAAUUGCUUCAAGGUAUGGCAUUGAGCCGCCUGUGCUGGUCAAGCUCGAGAGAGAGAUUGAGAAAGAGGAAGAUGAGUCUUUGUCACCAUCCAUGUACUUCGCCUCACCUCUGCCGUCUCCCUCCACCCCACCUGUUUUUUUCCCUCCUGAUCCAGAGCCCCCUCCAACCACCACCCCCUCAUCCAUCUCUCCUCCAUCCCCUCCUCUGGACCCUUCUCCCUCUCCUCCUCUGGCCCCUCCCCCUCCCCCAGAGUCCACGUCCAUCUUCUCUGACUCAAACCCCCAGUCAGAACCUCAGCAAACUUCACCAACUUCACCAUCAUCCAUCAGGUCACCCGCCAAAUCAACGCCGCCCUCACCGUCAAAUGGCCUUGUGAAGACUAGUGGGAAAAAGAGUAGCGGUAACCUGCUGGAUGCGAUUGUGAGGCAGAUAUCAGAGGAUCCACCAUGCAAAUGUCCAGUCAAAUUCUGCAUUGAGAAUCAGCCAAAAGGCCAUUAUCGUGUUGGAGACAAAGUCCUCUAUGUCAGGAUGUUGAAUGAUAAACAUGCCAUGGUGCGUGUUGGUGGUGGAUGGGAGACCUUUGGUACUUACUUGUUAAAGCAUGACCCGUGUAAGAUGACUGAGGUCGCUCGGCCUGGAACCAAAACCUGCAAGCCUAACGGCAGGUCCCCAGUAAAGAGAGAGCUGUCCCGGGACAGUUAUCUGGUCGUAGGUACUCAUUCCCGCUUCAAGAAGUAAUGUGACUCAGUAACUGCUACUUCUGUUAAAUCAACAGCAGGCUGAAUUGUUUUUUUUUGUUGUUGUUGUUGUUUUUUUUUUGUGAAGGAAUUAAGCAGCCCAGGUGGCUUUUUUUUCUUCUUCUUUUUUGGUCCUCAAUCUUUUGGGUCAUGACUCAAAAAUGUGUCACAGCUCUGUUCUGGUAGGGUCACAGACAGCUUAUUAACUUAUAAAGAGGAUGAAAAUACUUUUGAAAAAAUGACUACAGUACAUGAUUAUAUUAAUAAUUUUAAUGUUUAAGUUUAUUUUUAAAGAACAUUCUGUUUACUUUUGUAUAGUACACAAUUUUGGUAAUGUGCUGGAUUAGGUCACCAUUUGAUGUACAAUCUGGCCUAACACAAAAUAUUAUUGACCUUUAUGUUUUAUAUAGGGUAUAUAUCAUAUAUCCGGGGUUUUGUUUGCAGAUAUUACAAGUUUUUAAUCUCCUUCUGACUUUUUUGUUUUUUCUUUAAAUUUUAGAAAUCAUAACGGGCAGGAUCUCUGUUGAAUCAUUUAUUGGGAACCCAAUAUUGAGUUACUUUCUUUUUAUUUGACUGUAAUCUUUAAUUCUGAUUUAUGGGUGUUGUAUGCUCACUGUCUGACUUUACAAAGACAUUUCUGUAAUGUAUUCUGAAUGAGGGUAUAAAGUGAACAUGUUCCACAAAUAUCCUGUAGGUGGUGCCCUAUAUCAAAUUAUUAACUAUUUCAGUUCUAAACAUGGCAUUAGUGCAACAUUACCUAUGUAUACAUUUGUCUAGAGUACUGUGAACAUAAUAGCUAUGCAGUAUAGAAAGUGUAUUAAACAGGACCCACCUGCCCCAUAUGCUUCCAUUAAUGUACUCAGGAUUUUUAU